AUGGAGAAGAGAGUAAGUUUACAUGAAAUAGAGAUCUACAACGAGGAUAAGGCACAGUCCUCAACACAGAGAAAUAAUGAGAAAGAAUGCAUCGAGAGUUCUUCUAAGGAUUCACAAUUUAUUGGAAAAGAAUACCUAAACGCAUGUCUGCAAAUACAAUUAGAAAAUAUAAAGAAGGAAAUGCAUCUGAUGAUGGACAACUUCAAGAUGCAGAUAUCUAAAAUAACAGCAAAAGUGACUGCACUGGAAGAUAAAAUUGAAUAUUCAAUAGUACAACAUGGUGUACAGGAGGAAAAAAUGUUGAAUAUGGAAAAGAAAAUCACUACAUUAGAAGCUAAAAUCACUGAUAACGAGGAUAGAGCGAGGAGAAAUAAAAUCAGAAUAAGAGGAAUUCAAGAAGAAGUGACAUCAGGAAAUUUGGACAACUACUUAAAAUAUAUUUUUAAAUUUCUGGGUGUACAACAGGAUAAUUGA